GAAUUGACCGUUUGUUAGCGGUAAUAUUAAAUACUAAUAAUUUAAAAGAAUUAAUUGCUUUUCCUAAAAAUAUUGACGGCACUUAUGCUCUCAUUAAACAAAAAGACGAACAAAUUGGCGGCAAAAUAACCAAAGAUUUAAUUGACAAACUGGAAGCAGUAAGUAAAUUAGACUUAAAAAAACAAGCCAAAAAAGAUAAAGACGGCAAUGAUUUAAAAGAUAGUCAGGGCAAUAUAAUUUAUGAAGAAAUUGUCGAUUUAUCCCCUUUAAAAACUUUGUUGGAAGAAUUAAAAACCAAAGGAGUAAGUGCGGAUUUAUCAUCCACCAACAAUAAAAUUGACGAGGUAAAAACCAAAGUAGAAGGCAUAAAAUCAGGAGGAAUAGCAGUUUUACUACUUGGUUAUGUCGCUUUCUUAAAACCGGCCCCCGAUAUUAAUGUUUACGAAGAAAAAGCCAAAAAAGAAGAAAUUGAAAGUAAUAAUUCUCUAAAAGACAAAGUCUUGCCGGAGACCAAAGAGCAAAAUUCUACUGAACCUUACUAUUACUCCUUUAUCCGCUUAAAAGGUCAAAAUAUCGAUUUGCCGGUAAUUUUCAAAAUUAAAGAUGAGCAAGAAAAUUUAACUGAACUCUCCUUAAAAAAAGGCCUAUUUCUCGAAUUAACUG